AUGAUUUGCUCACAUGAUCCGCCAAAUUCAGCGUCAAAAUCACUUUUUAUAAACUGUGGUGGAAGUCAAGAAAUAGUCGAUGGAAAAACUUAUGAAGAUGAUUCAGGCUUAGGUGGACCAGCGAGAUUCCAUGCAUAUCCUACAGGAAACUGGACAUUUAGCACCACUGGUGUACUCCCUGGAAGUAAAACUGUUGGAGAAUCUUAUUCUCCACACAAUAUCUCUAAACUUACUAUGGUAGAUUCCAAAUUAUACACGCGUGCACAUGUUUCACCUAUUUCUUUGACUUAUUAUGGAUAUUGUCUACAAAAGGGUAGUUACAUAGUGAAUCUACAUUUUGCGAAAAUAAUGAUCCCAGAUGAUCAAACUUAUGCUAGUCUGGGAAGGCGCGUAUUUGAUAUAUACCUUCAGGGAAAGUUAGUGCAAAAGGACUUUAAUAUUGCGAAAGAAGCCGGAGGAGUUGGCAAGAAAAUUGUAAAACAAUUCAAUAAUAUUGUUGUUAGUAGUAAUACUCUCGAGAUUCGCUUGUAUUGGGCAGGUAUAGGGAAACAGAAUCUCCCAAUUAAUUCUAUAUAUGGUCCUCUUAUAUCUUCUAUAUCAGUCGAAUUAUCUGGUGCGUAAAACUCUUGCAUAUCUGUAGGAGCAGUAGUUGAAUUUCUAAUUACAACAAUCACCAACAUUGAUGAAUAUCAAAGGAGGUGUGACAUAGUAUUGGAUGAAUGGAUCAUACUUCAAUAUAUUUCUUGAAGUUAUAGAAACUGUUGAUAUGUGUAAAUAUAAUAUUAAGAAUAUUUGUAUAUAAAAUAGUCUCACAUAUACAUUAUCAUGUAAUUAGAUGUAAUUUCUCUACAUAUAAUAAAGUCUCCAUAGUGCUUUUCAAAA